AUGCGCAGAGCAAGGAGCCACUUCAAUCUAGAAUCCUCUUUCAAGGACCUUCCAAUAGGCUCUUGGAGAGAGACAUGUCUGAAGCCGCUUAAACUAGGACUCAUAUGCUCCAGAAACUUCAGUACGAGAUGUCACCGAAUAUCACCGAAAGAAUUACAGAGCUACAUGUGUCAACGUCAGAAAAGAUUCUUCAGGGCCAACUUCAUUACGUUCGAUAUGAGAAGUGGAAAGAAACCAGAGAAACGUAGUUCCAAAUUCGCCCCAGAUUCUGGAGAUAAAGGACAGUCCAGAGGUCCUACCAACAAGUGCACCCCGCGUCCUUCAUCCAACUGUCGCAAGCGACCCAAGAACCCGAGUUGUCCGAAACAAGCGCCACCCUGUCCUCCACCAUGUCCCUGUCCCCGUCCCGAGCCACCAGCGAAGCCUCCGCCCCCUAAGAUCUGCUACCGGAAGUGUCCUCCGCCUCCGAAGCUACCUAGGCUGCCGAAGUGUCCCAAGAUCCCAGCUCCACCGCCGCCUCCGCCUCUUCCAAGGAUGCCCAGGUUGCCGAAGUGCCCUAAACCCUGUCCACCACCUCCGCCGCCUCCUCCGCCUAAGUGUCCGGCUGUGCCGAAGUGUCCCGAGUUCUGCCCGCCCUGUCCACCCUGUGCCGAGUGUCCCAAACCGAAGCCCUGUCCACCGCCGCCGCCGCCGCCGCCGUGCUGUCCUUGUCCUUGUCCAGAGCCACCGCCGCCUUGUCCUUGUCCCGAACCUUGUCCACCGUGCCCGCAAAUGAGACCGUCGUGUCCCGAGGACGUUCCAUCUUGUCCCAAGUCCGACAGAGGGGAGCAGAGUGGGAAAGGAUUCUUCAAACGGAAGAUGUCCAUGUUCCAUCGCGAAGGAUCUCCUUGGCACCUGGCGAAACGGAAGCUUCAUUUCGGCUCGUUCCUGAUGGGCAAGUCUCCCGACUCUAAGAAACCGAGUUGCAAGGCGAUGGACGACAUUUGCGGCAAGGGGAAGCAGGGCUGCGCGAAGCCUUGCGAGAAGAAGAGCGAGUGCGGAGAGAAGAAGCCUGUCUGCGGGGACGUGAAGAUGCAGCCCAAGGAGGAGGAGAAGAAGAAGAAGGUGUUGUGUCCCGAUAGCUGCAUCCCCAGAGGAAAAUGCGACCAGGUGAAGGUCAAGAAGCCGCCGAAGAUGGUGUACGGGCCGGCUAAGUGUCCCACUCCGAAAUUCGUGCCACCGAAGCCCUGUCCGACUUCGAAGACCGGACUCAAGGAAGGCACUAAGCGCCGCUCGCUUGAAUCGGAGAAAGAAGUCUGCGUACCGCCACCCUUACCCAAGCCGCCCACAAAGCCGGUGAUCCUGUGUCCUUGCCCGCCGCCUCCCAAAUUGCACCCUGGAUCUUGCCCGUGUUACGCGUUCAGUAAGGAACUCACGCAACCGAUCCCUAUGCCGCCGUGUCCUCAGAAAGAAAAAUAUCCGUGCUGCAAGGAACCGUUCCUAUGCCCGCAAGAGACGCAGAUUUGCAAGAUGGAGAAGAGUUGCGAGUCGCAGAGGAAAAAGAGGAAGGAGAAGAAGAGUAAGAAGAAGUACGUUUGA